GAAGCAAAUCAUGAAAGCGUUCGUAGUUUUCGCAGCUCUUGCUGCCUUGUGUGCAGCAAAGUCGUUGCCUCUGACUCCGGAGGACAGCAGCGACUAUGUGGAGGGCGAGAGCCGCUACGUGUGGAUGCCGGACGGUGAGGGCAACCCAGUGCUUGUAGACCUCAAAGAACCAGUUGAUGAAUCGCUCCUUAGCUCCAGGAAUGGUGCGAACAACCAGUACUGGCUGUUCACUAGGCAAAACCCUACCGCCAGACAAGUGCUGGUCCACAACAACAUAAACAGCGUAUGGAACUCCAACUACCGUAACACCCGCGGACUGGUCGUCAUUGUACACGGCUGGAACAACAAUGGGGACACCCAAAUGAACCCUCUCAUCAGAGACGCCUUCCUCGCCGUGGCUGACGUCAACGUCAUUGUAGUCGACUGGCGUGCUCUGGCCGGAUCCAGUUACAACACCGCUGCCGCUGGUGUCCCCAGUGUCGGCCAACACCUCGGCAACUUCCUCAUUUGGCUGUUCAACAACGUCGGAGGCAACUGGAACAACGUGCACUUGGUCGGCUUCAGCUUGGGCGCUCACGUCGUCGGUAACGCUGGAAGACAGGCUGGUGGCCGAAUCUCGAGAGUCACAGGUCUGGACCCUGCUGGUCCCCUAUGGGGUGGAAACGGCAACCGCCUGCAACCCAACGCUGGUCGCUACGUUGAGGCAAUCCACACUGACGGCCGCGCUUUGGGUCUCAUGGAUGUCAGUGGUCACGCUGACUUCUACCCCAACGGUGGCAGACACCCUCAGCCUGGCUGCUGGGGUGGUGUCACCCAGACUAGCUGCUCUCACGGCCGUGCCACUGAACUGUUCGCGUCUUCGGUCAGAACCAACCACUUCGUGGGCAGACGCUGCGUCAACCUUUGGGAAGCUGAACUAAACACUUGCAACGGCGCUGCCUUGAACAUGGGCAACCCAAAUAUCAACAAAUCUGGGACUGGAAUAUACGGACUGAGAACCGGCUCUGCUUGGCCUUUCUAAAUGACUUCAAGAGAAGACAAAAAUACUAUUUUAACUAUUUAUUAAGUCAAUAAACACAUUGAAAUCUCCAUAAUUGUUUUGUGAUAUUCCUUGAACCCUUACCGUUUUAGCAAUACAAAAUAAUACAUACCACAUUAUUAUGUAAAGGAAACCACGGAAUAAGACGCGCAGCGAUAUUUGACUGCUUGUAGACCUAAUAAAAGAAGAAUAAUAUUAAUUAAAAGUUUUCUGUUUUGCUUGAUUAAGAAUAUUAUAAAAAAUUAAACAUAAUUAAUAAGAAGAAUAUGAGUAGGUUAUAAUGUAACUAAUUACUUAAUGUACAAAUUAUUUAAUAGACAAAUUAAAUAAAACUAAAUUGCAAUAUGUUUGGUCUCUUGUAAACCUAUUAGACGACAAGGCAUCGUAAACUCAAUG